AUGGGUCCCUUCAUGGAGCAAUUCAAGGGGUACAAGAAUCUGAUUGUGGCACUGGUUUUUCUGGCUUGGAUCAUCUAUUUCAAGAUCUCCUUGCCUGACAGCACCAUCCCUCGGCCCCCAAAACCCCGCCCUGCCUCUAAAUCUGCCUCCAAGUCCACAGAAUCUCCCUCCCUCUUGGCCUCUCUCCCCCAGGAGCUCGCCAACCUGACCCAUCUUCUGUACUGGCCUCCAACCCCAGGAGAUGAAGGGGACCUUUUGGCCUCCACCAGCCCCCAGAACUCCACCUACCACCUAAGGGGUCCUACCCAGGCCAGCUAUGCCCUGGGAGGCUACCUGGAGGUCAUCCUUGUGGCCAGAGACCACCGGGGCAGGCCCAAGACCCAUGGUGGGGAUCUGUUUCGGGCACAGCUGCUGGGUCCUGACUUGAAGGCCGGGGUCCCUGGGGAUGUCCAGGAUCUGGAGAAUGGCACAUACCUGUUGUCCUUCCCCCUGCUCUGGGCUGGGCAGGCUCAGGUGCAAGUGCGGCUGAUCCAUUCCAGUGAGGCAGUUGGGGUUCUGCGAAGAAUCUGGAGAGAGAAAAGGGCCACAGUUGAUUUUAGAGGGUAUUUCAGAGGACCCACGGGAGCUGAAGAGACUGUGAUUUGCAAUGUUGACCCCCAGUCAACUGGAGCAAAAGGGCCUACCUGCCAGUACAGAGAUGUGGAUUCGAGUGAGCUCUGGUUCUGUGCUCAACCACCUACCCUGCCCUGCGACUCUUUGGUUGGGCACUCAAGUGGGAGUUACCUGAAAGUGACUACACCACAUGAUGAGGCCCUGCUGGCAUGGAAAGUGACAGACAAGGUGCUCCCUCGGGGCAUUUCUCCAAUCCAGAUCAGAAUGGCAGCCACAGGGAACAGCAGCCUGGCCCUGUCCCCACGGCCCGCAUGCCGUCCUGGGCUCCCAGCCCCAAAGCCCUCUGGCUUCUACCACCAAGAUGUGUGGCACUCACUGUUCUGCUCCGCCCGCUCCUUCUCCACUGCUGACAGCAUCCUGGGCUGCCUGGCUGGCCACGUCGUCCACAUGAUGGGGGACUCCACACUUCGGCAGUGGUGGGAGUAUCUGCGUGACACCGUGCCCUCCCUGAAGCCAGUGAAUCUACAUGCUGUAUAUCAGGGAGGGCCCCUGAUGGCCGUGGAGACCACUCAGGGCAUCGUGCUGCACUGGCGGGCCCACAGCUGGCCCCUGCGCUCCCUCCGCAUACCAGUGGCCUCCCUGCACUCUGUGGCCCAGGAGCUGAGAGGCCUGGCCGGGGGCCCCCACACCGUGGUGGUGCUGGGCCUGGGUGCCCACUUCACCACCUUCCCUCCGUCCAUCUUUGUGCGACGACUGGCAGGGAUCCGGGCAGCCGUGGCUGCACUGCUGGCCCGGGAACCCCGCACUCUUGUGGUCAUCAAACUGGCCAACACCGGCUACAAGUCCGUGUAUGGCAGUGACUGGUUUACUCUUCAGCUGAACCGGCUCCUCCGAGCUGCCUUUGCUGACCUCCGUGUGGCCUUUGUGGACGCCUGGGAGAUGACCUCUAGUCUGGCCCUGCCCGACAACAUCCACCCAGGACGGCUCAUCGUCCGCAAUGAGGUGGACUUCCUCCUCUCCUUCAUCUGCCCCACCUGA